AAUUUGGCUUCAGCACACUAUCCCACAUCUGACACCCAAGUGCUAGGACUUGCAGCACCACUGUGCGACAACUGCUGCCACCGAGUCCCCAGCCUGAGAAGUGGGUAGUUUCCCAUACAUUGUAGCAGUAUUGUCUAACAUCACACAACCAGCUUACCUACCUACGUCAGCUGUAGCCCACUGUUUGUUUUGUGGCUGCGUGAGGGUUUCAUUGGCCCGCUUCCUACAUGUGAGGGGAUAUUUACGGAACUAUUGCAGGAGCUGGAUAAAAGUGUCCACAUUCUCUUCAUGGAUAAACGUUUACCAAUGGGAGCUCCUGAUCGCUCACUUUACGGUCGCUCCCAGUCACUAAGAAUGGCUGGGGAAGAAGAACCGACUUCUCCUCCGAUUAUACUUGAGGAUAUGAGUUUAUUCUACUACCGCCAGUUGGCAUCUAGUCUACAGGAUCACGAUCUGAAGCAGAAGAUAGACCAUGAGAUGAAGAUGCGUGAGGGGACAGCCAAGUUGCUGGCUGCAUCCAAACACCCUGCCCAGAUGCUGGAGGCGGCCAAGAACCUCCUCACUUCCAACACGAGGAUAUACGCGUACAUGCAUGAGCUGCAGAAACGCAAAACAGACGAGGUGCUCGGCAAAAAUCAAUCGGUGGAAGGCAACCAGCUGCCAUGCACAGCUAAAGUUAGUGUCUCAGAUGUGCGGAUACCACUUAUGUGGAAGGAUAGUGACCACUUCAAGAAUAAAGGAGAUUACCGUCGGUAUGCUGUAUUCUGCCUGCUGAAGAUCGGCACGGAGAUCUUUGACACCACGAUGAUCAGCAACGUGGACAGGAGCAUGACAGACAUCACGUUCGAUGAUGUGAUAUUAUUCAACAACAUCCCCCAUGACUUUGAGUGUAAAGUAGAGGUCUAUUGUCACAAGCUCCAUGAUGAUCUCUCCAUCGCAAACACUCCAAAGAAACUGAGGAAGAAGAUAAACGAUAUCUCGGGCUCCGUGGGGAGAAGUGUUGGGAAGAGGCUGUCAGGCCUGAAUGAUUCGGAUAUAAUUGGAAACAUGGUUCUAGGACCGAAGUUUGAGCUUGUGGCCAAAGGAACACUGAAGUUAUCUGAUGUUGAUGACUCUAUAAGGACAUUUGACCUUCAGCUGGAGACAAAUGCAGAGGGUAGUGUGCAUGAGCUGCCAUUGUUCGGACAUUACUGUUGCCGCCUAGCUGCUCUCCCCAACUGUCUGGCAGACCCCACUGUCACAGGAUUCCUGAAUCUACAGGAGGAUGAUGACCUGUCCAAGUGGAGGCGGUACUGGUGCGUCCUCAAGAACCUCCAGCUGGCGUGUUGGUCAUCUCCGGGGGAUGUGGAGGUCACGCAGCCCCUCGUCACUGUAUCUGUCACCAAGUGUCACCAAGAUCGUAACUCGAUGACCGACGGUGUUCUAGACGACCUGAAGGUGGAUGAUGAUCAACUGAGUCAAAUGCUGCACACGCUGAUGGGAGAGGCAAAGCAGAUCCGGUCCGGCACAGCCAGGCAGCUCUCCACAAGCUAGACCUGAACACUCCAUUGCCAAACCACAACAUUAACGCAUCUCAGAGUUGGUAGUAUCCCUGCAUUACUAUCAUCCAUACAUCCAUACACCAUGCGACACUUGUUGCCUCGACUUGAGUAUGUGCUCGACUCACGAGAUUGAGGACUAAUGCUUAUUAUUCUGGAGAAGUUUGUGGACAGUGAAUGCUUGUUCCAGUGUUGACAAAUACAACACGUUAGAGGCUCCUGGUAGCAGACAGCUGCUCGGUCACUUUACAGCAAAUGGUAUGUUGAAGGUCAUACUGUGUGAUACAGACAUGUGACGUUAAUGAAAUUAUUAAGUUUAGGUGUGGACAUCAAAGCAGGAGAACCUCGGUCAAAGUUACUUCAGACAUCUAUACAGGCAUCUACUGUACUUUGAUGUUAUGUCGGAGUGGUAUAACUAUGAAUAUAUGGCAGGGACAGAAGUUACCAUCAACUGUCAGAAUCUGUGGACACAACAGUAGAAAUGUUCAGUGGAAGCUUUGAUAUCUUUGGACAUCACAGCACAAGAGACAUCUGACUGAAGUUACUAUGAAUACCAACAGAAGUGUCAGCUAAGGACAUCAGAGGACAGACUAUUCUGUAAUGGAAGCAGACGGACGUCUACUCUGUGUUACCAGACAUGGAGAGAUACAUCUGCUUGCUGCAUCUCUUGUAGGACAGAACUGACCUGUUGAUGAAGGAGGUGUACCAAUAUGUCUGCAGCAGUCUGUUUUCUGGUCUGUCAGUAUCUUGUCAAGCUUGCUUCAUAGAGUGUCUCCAAGGAAAGAAGAGAAGGAGAUCUGCCUUUUCCAAUCAGCUUUGAUCUUGAUGUGUUUCAGAGGGCAUUCCAUCUCCAAGACCUGGAAGAUCUAAUUCACGUGGAAUAUUCGUUUGUACAUCUCAUAUGGUUCUAUUUUCAUAAGGCACAUGAUCUUUUCAAACAUGAUUCUUUAAAUGAUGUUCAUUAAUGACCGUACUGUGCAAAUAUGACAUUCUUCAUCAUGAUGUGGUGUUCUGUGUUACUUGUGGAACCGGUUGUGUUGCCAUAGUUACAGGAGGAAUGUUUUCCAAGAUUUGGCUUCAUCCCGCCUUUCCUACCUGGUUUCUCGUCAGUGCCAACAUUGUGUUAGUCAUGACUAUCAUCUAUUUCUCAUGAAAAUUUCAUUAGCCAGUUAGAAAGAGACUUGUCAUUAUGAAAUGACAAAAAUGUAUUGUAUGGAUUGUAGCCUCUUCUUUAUGUAAAAAAAAAAUGUUUUAUAGUCAUCAAACUAUGAGAAACUAUGAUAUUAUUCCAUCAAAAUGUACUUAAGUGAAAUUUUAUGACUUAAUUUUAUGUUAUAACCCUUGAUGGAUUAAAUCUUAAUGAAAAAAGUAUGUUAAUGUUUAACUUGCAAGGAUUAUCUCCCUUUCCUUUCUCCAUAUAUGUACAUUUGAAAAUGACGAACAGAAUUGUUAAAUAUAUGCAUCAUACUGUGAUCAUAUAUAUCUGUACCUGUGUCGUAUCUCCAAAUUAUAGCAAAUUUUGAAAAUAUCUGCAUUUUGUUUAUAAGUUGCCAUGGUUACCAGUAAACCAUGUAUGUAAUGGUAUUAUGUGCUGUCAUUUGUCGUAGCAUGUGAAGAUAUGAUACACCAGUGUAAUGGCAUCUGUCAUGAGUCUUGAGUAUGCUAUGUUGAUAGUUGUGAAGUAAUGAUAGGACGGUACUAAUACGUAUCAUGUACCAGUCGUAUGAUUACCUAAGAUUUAUUUGCCAACCAAAGAUGUACUGUUUUUAGGAUCUUAAGUCCUUUGCUCAAACAAACAAGCUCCUUAAAACAUUGUAUGCCUUGUGUGAUUUGCGUUUUGUAAACAUAUGUUACUCUGUUGGAAUGGAUACAUAUAAAUGUUCGUGUGCAUGGUUUCUAUCAAAUCUAUUCAAUUUGUAGAACUCAAUAUUGAAUGCAGCUAGUCCAGGAAGAGACUUUAUUAAUGUGGGUGGAUAGUUGCAUCUGGGAAUAAAACAGUACUUAACAAAUUGCUGCAAUGUGUAAAUUAAAUGUUAGGAGUUGUCUCAUGGCCAAAAAUAUCUCACCCUCCUUAAAGUUUUUAUUUUGUUUUUGAGUUGAUAGGAUAAAAAAAACUAAAUCAAUUGGUCAUAUGACUGAUUCAAGUAUACAGAUGAGCUAAUAAGCCCAUGAGCUAUUAUUGUGUCCACAACAGAAGUCCGAAUAGAUAACAUACACCAUGUCGUUUAGAGGGGAGGGGGUAUUGAUUAAGACAUGUUUUUUUUAUGAAAUCUGGAAACAAACUGAUUUGAUUUUAUUACAUACCAAAUAGAAGACUAUGUGUUUUCCAGAAAUGUAGUAACUGUUUAGUAAAUUAGGUUCUCAAAAGAGAUGUGACAUUAAAAAACGCAGCAAGAAAUUUUGCUGAAAGUUGGAAGGCCAGAGUAAGGUAUGUGUUAUUUGAUUUGUAAAAGUCCCCUGACCAUGCAUUUAAACUCUCCAAUCAAAUAUAUAUCCACCUAAAUUGUCAUGAAGUACCUAGUCUAUUCAUGAAGUCUGCUUCAAGAUGAGCACAUACUGUUUUCCUUCUGACUUUGCUGAACGUUAAAUUAAGUCCAGAGUAACUUGCAUUUGUAUGAGUAUCCAGACCAUGCAUUUAAAUACAUCAAUCAAAUAUUUAUCCAGGUACAACACUCUGAAUUGCCUAGUCUUUUCAUGAAGUCUGUUAAGAUGUUUGCCUUCUGUCAGAGCUGUAAGUAGUUGUUAGAAGCUAGUAUGUGUGUAACAACUGCUCACAAACUGCCAAAGCUGUGCAUGAUAUUAUCCGUCAUGUGUAUGUAUAGUGUACAUACUCAACAUUUGAACUGUGUAUAGUGUUGUAAUAUUACAUGUUCCAUAAUCAUACUUCAUUGUCAUGUUAGACAAAUAUGUUAGUGAUUCAAAUACCUGUCUUAAAAAAACUUUGGUCUUUAUUUAAAGACAUUUUUACUUUACCUUUGAAACAAAAUUAAAAACUUAAAACACAAAGAUAGAUGUUGGCAGGAAUGUUAUUUUAUUUUUUGGAUGAUUAAUAUUUGAAGGAUUUUUUAAUUUUGGAAAUGCAAAUAGUCUAUUCAGACCUUUUAACUGUGAGUCAUUCUGUUGUGUACGAAGACAGGUGUUCCUGGAAUCAGGUCUAGACAACCAGUUUUAUCAGUAUAUAUAUUAGGAGGAUUCCCACUAUUUAUUUGAAAUAUUUCCCUGAUGGUGCAGCCUGAUGCUGUAGGAAACCACUGUAACAGCCUUAUACUCUCACUCCUGUAUUUUCAUAGAAUCCAAUAUUUUGAAUAAUAAUACAAGACGUGACAAUCAGGUGAUUUAAAGCAAUGUUUUCUCUUGAAAACGUUUCCACUUGAAUGGAUAUAUAAUUGAGAGUUUGAGGGAAAUCUUGCAAAACUUUUCUAAAUGGCAUAAUUAAUAGGUUAGAUUAAGUCUUUACCACUACUUCAAAUCCUUGAAUAUAUGAUUUAGAUGUUGACUAUGAUAUUAAAAGUCGUGAAAAUUUAUUAUUUUCAUGAUACAUUUAAAUGACAAUCUUCUCAUUAAAACUAUGAUGUUGUGGUUUGUCUGUUGAAUAUGAAUACAGAAUUUCAGCUGACAGAUAUUGAAUAUUUCAAAUUAAAUAUAAAUGGCUUAUUUAAUUAAAAUGUUUCAUUGACUGAAUAUUUGACAUUUACCGGUAGUAAGCUCUUCAAUACUUGUCUUAAUGUCAUGACAUUAUCCUUGCCAUUGCAUUGUUGUCUAGUCCGAUGUCAACAUUAUCACACGUAUUGUCCAGUCAGCUUCCUCAUGUUGUCCAUUGUUAAACAAUAGCUGUCGGGGAGAUAUUAGCGUGGAAGCCUAUUGUUGAGCCAGUACUCACCUGUUUGAUACUGAUGAACAGACUUAAGAAAUAUUGAUGUGAACAGUAUGUGUUUGGUUGUAGAAGGCACUGCAGUGGAAUGUGACCACUUUCUCGUGGAGUUCAUGCUCUGUAUGUGCCAGUGUGUACUGGUAACAUAAACUUGACACAUUUACUGUCAUCCAUUCACAACCUUUUCUCCAGGGCUGUUGAUAUCAACAUCACAGAUAAUACCAAUCUUUGGGUUCUGUAGUCCCCGAUCCUUGGGUUCAAUUGUCAGGUUGUGACUGUUCUUAAGUUUGUUCACCAGAAGAUUCUAAUGUUGAUGAAAAGUAAUAAUCCUGGUUCUCAGAAUAACUCACAAGAGACAAGAGCAUUUGAUUUGAUCAAAGGUUUAAAUUUGCUGGUAUAAUAAGUAGGAUUUUUAACAAUUUAGGGUUGUAAAAAUUCCAUUGUUGAACAUUUGAAGGGUUAAUGAGUUGUCCUAAUUAUAGAGGAACAAUUCUUCAGGUGAGGGAAAAGAGAUUGUUCCAUUUUCUGAAGGACUAAAGAUAUUUUUCUAUGCUGAGAAGCAGCAGUCACAAGAGCACAUUUUUAUGCCUUUUACCUGACAACCUAUAUUUUUAUUUCAUCAGCCUUUACUAUCAUCUUUGAUAUUGCUAAUGAACCAGAGAGAUAUUGUCCGUUUAUUGCGGUGAACUGCAAAUAGCUACAUCAGAGCUUAUGCUGUAGAAAUAGGCAGCCAUGUACUGAGUUGAAAUAGAAACGUUGUCAUUGGUUAGAUUAUUCAGGAUUAUUCAAACAUCAAGCAUAAUCAUAUUCAAAUAUCUUUUUACCAAAUUUGAGAUAUUUGGAGUUAUGAAAGAGUCAUGAAUUAAACUGAUGUUUAAAAUUACAAAUUUAAGAGGCACAUUGAAACCCGUUUUGUGUUCCUAAGGAGUUCCAAAGAAAUUUGGUAAUGCUGGUCACUUUGUUUUAGAUAUUCUGCCUUUGGCGUUUAAAAACUAUAUUGUUUAAGUGAUGUGAAUACUUGCUGAUUUAGCAAAUACUGGUCUCAGUAGGCCUCUGACUGUUAGAAUUGAUGGUAUUCUAGUUGUUGAGUUUACUAAUUCAGUUGUUCUAGAACAUUGUCAGGAAUUUGCAUUUAAUUGUAGAUGCAGUGCCUUAUAGCAAUAUAACAUUGAAGUUGUUCACGUUGAAUUUAAAUCCAUGUUAAGAUUUGAAAAAGCAGUGGAUGCCCUUAUAUUUGACUUCAGUGUUUGAUUAUGCAUUAAAUUGAUGUUGUCAUAAGGGAUAUUUCCUUCAGAAUUCUACAGUUAUUUUUGUAUUAUAGAUUAAAUUAUACAUCAAGAAUUAGAGAUUUUUACGUCUAGUUGGUUUAUUUUGCAUAAGUCAUUAAUAACAUUAAAACAGUCUCUCCAUAUCAAUAAAGGAAUAUUUUAGGAUCUGUUUACAGGAAAGCAUGUUUUGCCUGAAAUAUUGAUUAUAUUAGAAAAUUCAGUGUUUUGGUUGCGCACUAAUUUAUGUUCAGGUGAACACAGAAUGUCUUCAAGCUGUCAGUGAACCAACUGUUGUGUUUAUCCACAACGUCUGCUCACAUGAAGGCUGAUGUUCAUGAAGUGAAGAUAGGUUUCAUAAUCACAGGGUAGAACAUUUACAUAAAUAGACUCUUCCUGAGAAGUAGCUACAUUUUUAAAACAAAUAUGUUAUAAACAGUGUACUCUUUAGUCAUAAAUAUUGUUGAACCAUACAGAUUGUUAUUCAGGUAACAGAAUAACACAUUAGCUGAUGCACUGACACUGAGCAAAGUAUAGAGUAGGAAGAACUUCCGGAAGAUAGAGAACAUGUGAUUAGUCCUAGGAGUAAGGUUUUGUUUUAAAACUCUUCAUCAUUCCAUAAAUCAGUGAUAUGUUGUAAAUUGUUCAAACAAGGCAUAAUAGACCAAUCUUGACCAAGGUAGUUCCCUUUUCUUAGUAUGUGUCAUCCAUUUUCCUUAGUGGUCCCCAAAGAGAUGUUAGCAGGAACAUUUUAUUGUGUUAGGGCAGAUAAUAGUUUUGUCCAAAUCUGAUUCACAUUCAGAUGUGUCAUAACCAAUUUUUUUUGUUUCCUUUUUUUCUUGGAUAAUUUUACCAAGAUUGUUUUCUUUGGUUGAAGGGCACAUGUCACUAGUGAAGAAAUGUAUUGACGCUCAAGUUGUGGCAUUGUUACAAUGUAAUUGUCAUCACUAUGAUGGUGAAGUGUUUUGUGCAGCCUGUCAUAAACUCAUUACAUCCACUCUCUGUCACCGUCUGUACUGCUGAAUACCUUGUGAUGCAAUAAGGCUUGUCCCACAAUAGGUCCAUGCACUUACAAAUCUUUGGCCACUGUCAAAUUUCAUGAAAGUGUUUUGUUUCACAAAAGUGUCGGUGAAGAAUUUUGAUUACCAAUAUGAGGGCUGUUUUAACCUCCAGAUGAUUGUCCAUGCAGUUACAAAUAUUAGGUCUGUGUCAAAUUUCAAGAAAUUUAUGCGUUUAUAUGUUUAGGUCAUAUUGGAGGCAGUUUGUCGCGAGUAUAUUGUGACACGCGUUGGACCUAUUGGGGACGAACCAGCUUUGUUCCAGUACCUCAGUCACGGCGCGCCUUCUUGGCCUGUGUUCAGUGAGAUGACAGAGUUAUCUCCCUUGUAUAGCUGUACAAAUGCUCUAUAAACUCCACUGUCUUGGAUUUGUCAUGUCAAUUAAACGCCUUUGCAAAAUAAAAAACUAAAAAACAAAACCA